CGCUUUUGUUUGUCAAUUGCGUUUACAUUCCCAUUUGCGGCGUGAAUUAGUUGGUGGAAAAUUUAUUAAUUACUGCUGGAAACAAAACGUUUCGCAUCUUUACCAAAUUAAAUAAUAUAGAAAUGUCUAGCCCAGCUCGAACUCCUGAAGGGGGUGUUACACCAAGAGGUCAGGGAGACCGAACCCCUACGCGAAAUCCGAUUGUGGCUCAAGAUGCCUCAGAUACGCCUAUGCGCAUGGGUCCUACUACUCAGCGGCAAAGUCAGCCAUCCGAAAUAAGUUUGCCUCCAACAUCACCAGGUGGCUUGAGCUUACCAGCUACCAGUCCCGCUCGUGCGCUUGGUAUGAGUGAAAUUGAUUUAAGUUCACCUUUAAACUAUGGAACCCCAAGCUCUAUUGGCUCAAUUAGAACGCCUCGCUCGGGUAUACGUGGAACACCUUUGCGCGCGCGUCCCGACAUACGCACCGAUAAACGCAUGCGCCAAGUAGCUAUUGGAGCUCCCGGUUUGGAUCCUAUAGCUGAGAAGCCCUCUGAAGGCACAGAUACAGUCUCAGAAUCGUCUGCUACACCACAGAUGGUAGUAUGGGGCACCAAUGUUGUAGUUCAUCAGUGCAAAACCAAGUUCAAAGUUUUCCUCAUGCGUUUUAUUGAUCCUGAGGUUGAACGCGAUGAGAUAUCCGAAAACAUAGACAUAAAUCAGCCCAUAUAUAUGCAGAAGCUAGAGGAGAUUCAUACUUUAGAAGAACCGUACCUUAAUGUGAAUUGCGCGCACUUGAAAACAUUUGAUGAAGCAUUGUAUCGCCAACUGAUUUGCUACCCGCAAGAAGUUAUACCGGCUUUUGAUAUGGCAGUAAAUGAGAUGUUCUUCGAACGGUAUCCCGCAGCCGUGUUGGAGCACCAAAUUCAAGUACGCCCAUUCAAUGCAGAUAAGACGCGCAAUAUGCGCUCCCUCAAUCCAGAAGACAUAGAUCAACUACUAAGUAUCAGUGGAAUGGUAAUACGCACAUCUGGAGUUAUCCCAGAAAUGCGUGAGGCCUUCUUUAAAUGCAUACUUUGUGCAUUUUGCGUAUCAGUUGAGGUUGAUAGAGGACGUAUCGCACAACCGACACUUUGUACAAACUGUAAUACAAAUCAUUGCUACCGAUUGGUCCACAAUCGUUCGGAAUUCACAGAUAAGCAAUUGAUAAAACUACAAGAGUCGCCGGACGACAUGGCAGCCGGACAAACGCCGCACAAUGUACUGCUUUAUGCUCACAAUGAUUUGGUCGACAAGGUACAACCUGGUGAUCGAGUCACCGUAACUGGUAUAUACCGCGCCGUUCCAAUGAAAGACAGAGGUCGUAACAUUAAAAGCGUUUAUAAAACCCACAUUGAUGUGGUGCAUUACCGCAAAGUUGAUAGCAAUCGUUUAUAUGAACAGGAAGAGGGGAAAAUGCACAUAUUCACACCUGAACGCGUGGAACUCUUACAUUUGCUUUCACAAAAACCCGAUAUUUACGACCGUUUGUCGAGAGCUAUAGCUCCAUCUAUAUAUGAAAAUGACGACAUCAAGAAGGGUAUUCUGUUGCAAUUGUUUGGUGGCACUAAGAAGACGCAUUCAACUUUGGGCAGACAGAAUUUCAGAGCUGAUAUACACUUGCUUUUAUGUGGUGAUCCAGGUACAUCAAAGUCUCAACUAUUACAAUACGUUUUCAAUUUGGUGCCGCGAUCGCAAUAUACUUCCGGCAGAGGUUCUUCCGCAGUUGGUCUAACAGCCUAUGUUACAAAGGACCCAGAAACACGACAGCUAGUUCUGCAAACAGGUGCAUUGGUACUGGCUGAUAACGGCGUUUGCUGCAUCGAUGAGUUUGAUAAAAUGAAUGACUCAACGCGCAGUGUGCUGCAUGAAGUCAUGGAACAACAAACACUGAGCAUAGCUAAGGCUGGGAUAAUUUGUCAGCUAAAUGCUCGCACAUCAAUUUUGGCGGCAGCCAAUCCUGCAGAAUCGCAAUGGAAUAAAAAAAAGAACAUAAUAGACAAUGUACAAUUGCCACAUACGCUGUUAUCUAGAUUUGAUUUGAUUUUCCUUGUGCUCGACCCACAGGAUGAACAGUUUGAUCGCCGUCUAGCCAAUCAUCUCGUAUCACUUUAUUAUGUGACUCGGCAUGAAGAGGAGGAUACAAUGUUUGACAUUAGUGUAUUACGUGAUUACAUUGCUUACGCUCGUGAACAUUGCUCCCCUACAUUAUCGGAAGAGGCUCAGCAACGCCUUAUUCAAGCGUAUGUUGAUAUGCGUAAGGUAGGCGCACGUCGUGGUCAAAUAUCAGCCUAUCCAAGACAAUUGGAGAGUUUGAUACGUCUGUCGGAAGCACACGCCAAAGUGCGGCUAAGUAGCGUUGUAGGUGUUCAAGAUGUAGAAGAAGCUUGGAGGUUACAUCGUGAAGCUUUGAAACAAUCUGCGACAGAUCCACUAUCUGGUAAGAUAGACGUAGGCAUUCUCACUACUGGCCUCUCGACUGCUGCGCGCAAAAAACGUGCAGAUCUCGUAUUAGCCAUCAAGGAAAAUUUGAAGAAAAAAGGAAAAGUACCAACAGUUCCAUAUCAGAAACUUUUCAAAGAAGUCAAAGAUGCUUCGCAAAUUUUGAUAACACGCGAGCAAUUCGAAGAUGCUCUCAAAGAAAUACAAGAUGAAGGAGCAAUCGUGGUAAUGGGCAAAAACACUAUAAGGAUCUGUUAAGUUGUUAAGUACAUAUAAAAGCAUUCAUAUGAAUGUUUUUUUUUUUAAUAUACAUAUGUAUAUAUUUUUUUAUUAUCUACCGUUAUUUCAAAUAAUUUUUCAAUCAAACGUCCUUUAAUCCAUGAUAAAAACAUUGGACUCUUUUUCUCGAUUCGUCGGUUAUGAUUUUUUAAUUGGUCGAUUACGGAUUGCAACCGAACUUCAGUUGGGCGGCCAGUGGCUGACAUGGUAUUACAGAUGGCAACUGGCACCUGAAAGCUGACAACUGAGUUGCUUUAUUAGCAAUUGCAUUUUUGUGGUUGCCGCGGAAAUUUUGAUUGAGAUAAUUUAUUUAUUUUUUCAACUGUUUCUUCAGCUUAUUUACACCCAAGUCUUAGUUGGUGGUUCUUCUAUUUUUUGUUACCUUCAACGUUAUAGAACUUAACUAUAGUUGCUAUUCAUAAUAUACAUUUUCCUUUCAGUGGCGUUGGCCAUCGGCAAUCCAACUGCGGUUGCGUUGCCACCCAUAGUCGAACCAUAAGUUUGCCAGCGUUUUAAAAUUAUAUGAAACUGAAAAUAAAGAAAUAAAAUUAUUCAAAAUGGU